AUGUUUAUGUUUUUCCAAAGCCAAUCGAAUUACCAAAAUUCUCAACAAGCUACACAACAAUCUCCACAAAGUUCUAAUCAUCUAUCCCAACAACAAGUUCAACCAUCUUUUCCUAUAUCCCAACAUAUUUCACAACAACAUGAACAACCUAACGAAAACUACGAUGUAGUUGAAAUCCAAUCACAGGAAAAUGAAAACACCCCUACUUCAAAAAAAGCCACAACAUCAAAGUUUCAAUGGAGUGUAGAUGAAGAUCAUGCACUCAUUUCGGCAUAUCUAGAGUGCGGAGGAUAUGUGUUAAAGGGAACUGACCAAAAUGGUGACGGUUUUUGGGGUUCGGUAUUUGAGAGGGUUGAAGAGUCACGACGACUCAAUCCAACUUUACGCCCAAGGACAUUCAAAGCUAUCACUAGUCGUUGGAAAAAAAUCAACGGAGAUGUGAAUGCAUGGGUCGGGAUAUAUACCGAGGCGAAAAGGAAGAAGGGGUCCGGCUGCAAUGUUGAAGACGUCCUGACUGAAUCCCGUGAGAUGUGGAUAGAAGUCCAUGGACCCCGAUUUACAUUGGAGCAUGCAUGGAAUGUUCUGAAAUACUACGACAAAUGGACAGAUGGCACCCAAAUGAGCGGCGGAAGCUCAAAACGGUCUGCUCCAGAUGAAGGUGUGAGCUCAAAACCACCUGACGGCGUCAAGAAAGUUAAGAGUAGGAGAAAAGCCCCAAUAUCCAGUUCUACAUCUCCAUCUCCAUCUCCAUCCUCUUCGGAAUUUACGAGGAGGAUUCGUGUGGGAGAUCAGAGGACUUACUUGAGUGUCAAAAGGAGCCUGAUGCCUUGA